AUGCUCUUUCAGGAGUCAGAAGAAGAAAAUAUGUAUAUUACGAGUAAAUACGAACCACCGACUGACUUUGACACGAUCACUAUCAAUACGACCAAUGUCUCGACUAACUUUGGCACGAUCUCUCCCACAACGAAUGUUCCUACAAAUAUUAGUAAAUACGAACCCUCGGCUGAUUACGACACGAUCGACGCGAUCGCAACCCCUACGGAAAACGUUUCAGUUGACCUUGACAUGGUCACUGUCCCUGUAACCAAUAUUACCAAUAUUCCUGAUAAUUAUGGCACGAUCACCCCUAUGGCCGAGGUUCCGGAAUUCUUUUUACUCCCCGAACAAGAUAAAAAAACACAUAAUCGCAAAGAGUCCACUGUUAUCAUAUCAUUCCUUGAUAAAUUUAUGCUUGAAUCUCAAAUUCGAGAAAAUUUUGAAGAAUGUGGAUUUAUACGAGAAUGUAAUAUCGAAAAACAUCCAGAUUAUAAUCAUAGUCUUGGAAUCGCAACUGUUACUUAUUAUGGUGAUGAUGAUGGUGUAGCUUUAAAUGCAGCGAGAGAGGCUGUCAUUAGAUUUAAUGGCAAACAAAUAUCCGGUGGUCCACCGAUUAAAGUGGAACUGGAUAAUGAUGGUUCAAAGUUGAAAUCUGCCAUUGAUGCAUAUAUUUCAGAAGGUCAAACACAAAAAGAGUCACAUUCACCUAGUAAUAGUCAUAAAUCAACACCAUUGGCAAAUGACAUUGAUAUGGAAAUUGAUGAUGUACCAUCUCCAUCCCCACCAAUGGUACCCCCAGCGGCUCCUCCAAUAAAAGUUCCAUUGGAUCCACCACAAUCUCGACCAUUAGAUAGUAUUAAAAAUAAAUAUACACAUCCUAUUCCAACAUCUAAAACACCUACAACGAAAGAUUCACUGUCGACAACAAAGCUUCCGAUAAAAGAUUCAUCUAAAAUGUCACUGAAAGAUUCUGUCCCAGCAUCUAAGAUGCUAUCAAAAUCUUUUUCAACAUCUAAAGUGUCAUCGAAAGAUUUUGAUUUAGAUAUUAAAGGGUCAUCAAAAGAAUUUAUUUCGACUCCUAAAAUUUCAUCGAAAGAUUCUACCAAGUUAUUUAAUGAAGUUUUUGAUAAAAAUGAGCAUAAACAAGAUAUGCUGUUUAUGAAUGAUGACAAAGAAGAUGGUGAAAUCGAUUCAAAUACUGAAGAACCAACGCCACGUAAUAUUAAAGCUAAAGGACCUGAAAGAGGUCCAUUUGACUCAAGCUGGCGAUAUUCAACUGAAUCUAGAACACGAUUAUCUUCAUGGCGUGAUUAUGAUCAUCUACAAUACGAUUCUGAUCGUUACGGUUUAGAUCGUAGAAGACGAAAUUCUUCAAGGUCAAGAGAUAGAUCCAAUAAAGGCAAAUAUUCUACUGAAAAGAGUCGAAGUCGAAGUCGUGAUAGAAGCCCGAAUGGAUUUCAACAUUGGAAUCGUGAUAGAGAAGGUAAUCAUGGUAGAUAUCAUGACUCUUAUCGUAGCCGUGACCGUGAUUGUACUUCAAGUCGUGAUUAUGAAAUCAAUCGUAAACAUGAUCGUGAUAGAGCUCGUUCACGUGGUCGAGAAAACGAUCAAAGUCGUGAUAAGGAUAACGCUCGUAAUAAUGAUCAUCUUAAUGCUAGCAUCAAAAUUGAAGAAGAAGAAAAAAUCGGUAUAAGCUUCAUAGAUGCAUUUCAUGAUCUAAAAGAUCUUCCAAGAUUCCGGAAACGUUCAAACUUGAACAACGCGAAAGAUUCAAAGAAAAAACAGGAAAUUUUGACUAAAGAUCAAAAGAACCUGUCCACACAUGAGUCUAAAGACGUUAAUCGAGAUUCUCAACAAAAGAUUACUUCAUCGAGUCCUAUACAAUCAAAGAAACCGAUAAAUAAGAAAUCAUCAGAAUCAAUCGACAAUGAAUCUGACGGUUAUGGUACUCACGAUACUGAUGACAAAUCGUACGGAAGCAUUCGUCGAAAAAAUAUCAAACAAAGUACCAGACCUAGUAAACGAGUUGAAAGACCGAAAAUUAGUGACUGGGAUUAUUCAUCAUCUGAGUCAUCGUUAGAAGAUACUAAGAAGGAUUCAACAUCCACUAUUAGAAAUCCAUCACCUUUUAAGAGUGAAAAAUUGGAUAAUGUAAAUAAUAGUGAUAGAAAUAAUGAUUUUGAACUACAAUCAAUACAGAAAAAAAAUCAAAAAUUAAGUGCAUCGAGUGUAUCUGAAGUCAGCAAAAAGAUACAUAAUAAAUCCAGUGUUUCAAGCGUGUCUGAAACGACCAAAAAAUUGAAAAGUAGUAGCUAUAAUUUUAAUUCCACUCUAAAGCAUCGUGAAUUAAAAAAUCGAAUCUUUGUUGCUACACCUGGAUCAAGUACAAAAAUUAAAUCUAGUCGUAGACAAAAAAACAAUUUGGUAUCAAGUGCACAAAGUUCGAAAUCUAAAAGCAUAUUAGCAUCUAGUUCAAAAACAUUUAAUGCACAAGAGACAUCAAAUUCUUCUAGAAAUCAAUAUGUAGAUGACACGACUAGUGACAGUGCAAAACAAACAAGUGGAUCAAAUUCAAACAGUGAGGGACAAACAGAAGACUAUGAUUCGUUCUUUAAUUCAGAAUGGGUCGAGAGACCGUACCUUACUCCAGAAGAUGGUAUUACGGAUGCAUUUGAUUUAGACAUGAUCAAACUUUAUCUCACUUUACAGCAGAAUAACCAACUAGAUAGUGACGGUGAACCAAUAGACUGGGUAGAAAAGGAGGAAUAUACUGUCAGAGUAGGAGGGCCUCAUAAGACAGGAUGUGCUAGGACUGAAGGGUAUUACAAAAUACCACCAGAAGAAAAACGUAAAUACGUUACAUAUGGUAUCGCAGGUACGCCAUAUGCAACUGCCACAGCUCCGGCGCCUAGUCCACGAGAAUCAAGAGCAAAACGACGAGAAUUACAUGCACGGAUGGCCACGGCGUCGGAAGAUUAUCUUCAAUUCAAUCCAUUAAAAUCACGAGAAAGAGAACUUACAAUAGCAAAAUCGUCAAUACAUCACUAUGGACUUUUUACCUUAGAAAAAAUAAAGUGUGGAGAAUUUGUAAUCGAAUAUACAGGAGAAUUAAUUAGACAGGCGGUUGCAGAUUUGAGAGAAAGAAAAUAUAAGGCAGAGGGAAUUGAUGGAAGUUAUAUGUUUAGGGUUGGUGAUGAUACAAUAAUUGACGCCACUAGAAUGGGAAAUAAUGCCAGACUAAUAAAUCAUUCGUGUGAG